CUACUACAAACUGCAAGCAAUUCUCCCUAGCCACAAGAACUUGGCGAAUUCCUGCCUCUCUCAACCAAAGCGCUUUUCUCUAAACAUCAUAAUCUACCAUGUCUCUACUUCGCUCGUCCAUUUGCCGGGCGUGCAGGCGCUCUGCACCGCUGUACGUGCACAGAGGGUUCGCAACGGCCAGCCGAGCACAGACGUCAUCCGACAAUCGAGUCAGGAUAGUCGAGGUCGGCGCACGAGACGGACUGCAGAACGAGAAGAAGACCAUUUCACUGGCGACUAAGAUUGAGUUGAUUGAGCGAUUGGCCAAGACGGGAUUGACGAGCAUCGAAGCUGGCUCCUUUGUUGCGCCGAAAUGGGUACCUCAGAUGGCAAACUCGGACGAGAUCUUGGAGCAUAUCCUACAGCAGAAGAUUGAGGCUCCCGUUCCGAUUACCUACUCAUUCCUCGCGCCGAAUACAAAGGGUCUGCAGAAUGCGGAGAAGCUGCUUAAGCAGAACCCGGGGAGGUUUGCUACGCAGCUAGACCCUGAUGUUACGAAGCCAGCAGUGGAAGUGGCCGUCUUUGCAGCUGCUACAGAGUCCUUCUCGCAGAAGAACCUCAACUGUGACAUCAAGACAUCGCUGGAGCGCUUCAAGGCCGUCAUCCAGGACUCCAAGGCCCUGGGACUCCGCGUUCGGGCCUACAUCUCCGUGGUCCUGGGCUGCCCGUUUGAAGGCUUCGAUGUCGACCCCCACAAGGUGGCCGAGAUCGCUACAGACCUGCUCGAGUCCGGCGCGGACGAGAUUUCUCUCGGCGACACCACCGGCAUGGGCACCGCGCCGCGAACGAGCGCGCUGCUCAAGUGCAUGGCCUCGGCGGGCAUCCGCACCGAGGACAUUGCGAUGCACUUCCACGACACGUACGGCCAGGCCCUGGUCAACACGGCCGUAUCGCUGGAGCACGGAAUCCGGAUAUUCGACAGCAGCGUGGGCGGGCUGGGAGGAUGCCCCUACAGCCCCGGCGCGACGGGCAAUGUCGCAACGGAGAACAUGGUGUACUUUAUGGAGACGCUGGGCAUGGAGACAGGCGUUGAUCUGGAUGCGGUGACGGACAUUGGCGCUUGGAUCACGCAGGAGCUGGGCAAGGCGAAUGACAGCUCGGUUGGAAAGGCGAUAGAAUUCGCAGCAAUGGCGGACCCACGCACUUCGUCAUCUUACUCGGUUGUGCCACAACUGCAGUAUAACACCGUGAGCGGUGUCAACGGUCCCCUGGUUAUUGUUGAGAAUGUCAAAUUCCCGCGAUAUAAUGAAAUCGUUACGCUUACGCUGCCCGACGGUACUGAGAGAAACGGCCAGGUUCUGGAGGCUCGAGGUGAUCGAGCUGUCGUUCAGGUCUUCGAGGGUACUCCUGGCAUCGAUGUGAAGAAGACUCGGGUCAAGUUUACCGGUCAGAACCUCAAGCUUGGUGUCUCAGAGGACAUGCUUGGCCGUAUCUUUGACGGAUCUGGACGAGCCAUCGACAAGGGCCCCAAGGUGCUGCCGGAAGAGUACCUCGACAUCAACGGCAGUCCUAUCAACCCCUUCUCCCGAGAAUACCCCGAGGAAAUGAUUGCGACCGGUAUUUCAGCCAUCGAUACCAUGAACUCGAUCGCCCGAGGACAAAAGAUUCCCAUUUUCUCAGCCUCUGGUCUGCCACACAACGAAAUCGCUGCCCAGAUUUGCCGACAGGCUGGCUUGGUCAAGCAGAAGGGCAUCACCAACAAGGGAGUUCACGACGGCCACGAGGAGAACUUCUCCAUUGUGUUCGGUGCCAUGGGUGUCAACUUGGAGACUGCUCGAUUCUUUACCCGUGAUUUCGAAGAGAACGGCAGUCUGGAGCGUACCACACUUUUCCUCAACUUGGCCAACGAUCCUACUAUCGAGCGUAUCAUUACUCCUCGUCUUGCCCUUACAACAGCCGAGUACUACGCCUACCAGCUUGAGAAGCACGUCCUGGUCAUCCUGACAGACUUGUCGGCCUACUGUGAUGCUCUUCGUGAGGUUUCCGCCGCUCGAGAAGAAGUUCCCGGUCGUCGUGGUUUCCCCGGUUACAUGUAUACUGAUUUGUCGACCAUCUACGAACGAGCUGGCCGUGUGACGGGACGAAAUGGCUCCAUCACCCAGAUUCCCAUUCUGACUAUGCCCAACGACGAUAUCACGCACCCUAUCCCCGAUUUGACAGGAUAUAUCACAGAGGGACAGAUUUUCGUCGACCGACCUCUGUACAACCGUGGUAUCUACCCGCCCAUCAACGUGCUUCCAUCGCUGUCACGUUUGAUGAAGUCUGCUAUCGGUGAGGGCAUGACACGCAAGGACCACGGUGAUGUGUCCAACCAGCUGUAUGCCAAGUACGCCAUCGGUCGUGAUGCCGCCGCAAUGAAGGCUGUCGUCGGUGAGGAGGCUCUGUCAUCUGAGGAUAAGCUGUCACUCGAGUUCUUGGACAAAUUCGAGCGUCAAUUCAUCAGCCAAGGUGCCUACGAGUCCCGAACGAUUUACGAGUCACUAGACCUGGCCUGGAGCCUGCUCCGAAUCUACCCCAAGGACCUGCUCAACCGUAUCCCCGCCAAGAUUCUCAACGAGUUUUACCAGCGAUCCCAGAAGGACUCCAAGGCGAAGGGCAAGGCUCGAGCCGAGGUUGCUGCCAACGAUAGGCAGCAGGCUGAGGAGAACCUGAUUGACGCAUAGAGGCGCCCUUGACGGAUGGUCUUGUUAUUUUUCCUCAGGGCUAGCAGAGGUAGAGUUUUUAUAAAUAGUUGGCUGACUUGGAAGUAUGUGAUAAUAUUUGUGGUAGAAGUGUAUGUUUCGAGUUGUAGGAGCUGUUUGGUACCGUUUAUUUUCUUUCUUUGGUUUUUACGACUGCGCUGGAAGUGGGCGAGCAAUCUGGCAUGGUUACGGAUGAAGGGUUGUAGCGUGAAUAUAGGCAGCAGAGUAAAUGUCAAAUCAAAUUAUUUCACUAGAGUGAGAGAGAGAGGGUAGAAAGUUAUUAGAGACUUGGGGGUCAGGCCAGGCUAGUUGUAUGGCUCGUACGAGCAUCGUGGAUUCUAUAUGAAGACGGAGCAUGAUGAUAGGAUGAUGAUUUUAUGCGAGACGUUCAAGUUGUUUUAUGAUUUGGCUCUAU